AACUUACAACGUAGCGGAAAGAUGGCUGGUUUCGUGACAGCGAAUCGCUGGGCAACAGGGGUUGAAACUCAUAAAACUACAGAAGGACGAAUUUUGUGUACAGGAGUUGGAUGUGUUGGAUGUUUUCCUGAAGUUUUAACCGAAGAAGCUAACGAGCUUGGAGUCUGUGACGUGGAUCUGUCGGGAAGCAUUUUAGGUCUUCGGCCGUUUUUAGACGAAGAAAAUUCCCGGGAAAACUUAAAACUGAAAGGAAAACACUUUUCAAGGAGAAAAAAGAAUUUGAAACCAAAGAUGAGGGGACGCAAAAGAACCAUGAAGGAGAAAAAGGUUUCUUCCGAUGGAGAUCUGAGAGACUUUGAAAAUGACAAAAGCAAAUCUGGAGAUGCCUCAACUUCCGAAAAUAUGCCCCAAACAACUUCGACCGUAGCGACGCAGACGGAGCCGUCCGAAUUGGGAAUUGAUGGUCAACCGCUUUCAAAACUCGAAAAUGAUGUGCACAGGCAAGAUUUACUAACUCUUGAAGAAGGAAACAGGGCUGACAUAGAGGGAAAUCCAUUUAACAAUCACGCACAAAUUGGCGCUAAUUGCAACAUUGUUCAAGUUGACGACAACGUAAACAAAACACACAGGAAUCCAGUGGGUUUAUUUACUCGCUCAUCUGGCUCAAGAUUCGAAAAAAUCCACGAUAAAAUGUACAUCGCAAGUGGUAAGAAUAUAGCGCUAAGUUCGUGCGAUAGUAAUCUCACUUACAAAGACACUAUUACCGAACACGCGAAGGACUUUAUGACCACAACAGAGCAACAACAGCUGACCUCAACUGGAGAAGACGCAGUGUGUUUUUUCUUUGCCUUGGAAUACUACAAUAGCCAUCGAAUGUUACCGGACUUUAGGGUCAUGGAGAUCGUCGAGGCACUCAGUAAAGACGUGGAUCUCAAGGACAUUAAGUGUGUUCAAAGAAUUUCUCGGCGAUGGCAUAUGGUAUUAAAAAGUCGCAAAUACAUCAGGCUUUUGCGACACUCGGGGUUGAAGUUGAGAGGGAGGGUGUACCAGCUUAUAGAUGACGUUGAUGGAUAUUUUGAUGUGGUUCAAUGAAAGAAUCGAGUGGUUUAUUAAACUUGAGUAUGACUUUUUAUA